GAGGUCACUCGGGCGGGUUCAGGGCAGCGGGCAGUUGUAAGAAGCGAUAUCCCCAAAGCCCUUCCUAGAUGGUUACUACGGUAUCCACCUCUCCCCCCACUUCGAGGAUGGUCCAUACCUUGGGCGACUGACCCUCGCUGCUGACUGGCCACAUCUCCCUCAUGCCGCUUGGACUAGGCCGACGGAAGAAGGCCCCACCGCUGGUGGAGAAUGAGGAAGCUGAGCCCAUUCGCAGUGGCCUGGGCGGGCUGGGGGUAGGCAGCAUUGGUGUGGUUGGCGGGGCACUUCAGCCUGGCCUUCCCCCACCCCCUGCCAGUCUCCGCCCUCGACUUGUGUUCCACACCCAGCUGGCUCAUGGAAGCCCCACUGGACGGAUCGAGGGCUUUACCAAUGUCAAAGAACUGUACAGUAAAAUUGCUGAGGCCUUUAAAAUCUCACCAGCUGAGGUGAUGUUCUGCACCUUAAAUACCCACAAAGUGGACAUGGAAAAACUGUUGGGUGGCCAGAUUGGCCUAGAGGAUUUCAUCUUCGCCCACACAAAGGGCCAGAGGAAGGAGGUUGAGGUGUUCAAAUCUGAGGAAGCCCUCGGCCUGACCAUCACGGACAACGGAGCUGGCUAUGCUUUUAUCAAGAGAAUCAAGGAAGGGAGUGUUAUUGACAGGAUCCAAGUCAUCAAUGUGGGAGACAUGAUCGAGUCUAUCAAUGGACAGAGUCUUAUCGGCUGCCGGCAUUAUGAGGUCGCCAAAAUGCUCAAGGACCUGCCCAAAGGCCGCACUUUCACACUGAAGCUCACUGAGCCCCGGAAGGCUUUUGAUAUGAUCAGUCAGCGGUCUGCAGGAGGCAAACACAGCGGGAGCGCUCAGCUUGGCACAGGAAGGGGCACCCUGCGGCUUCGGGCCAAAGGACCAGCCACUGUGGAGGAACAGCCAUCUGCAUUUGAGGAAAAGGCCAUCGAGAAGGUGGAUGAUCUUUUGGAGAGUUACAUGGGCAUCCGUGACACAGAGCUAGCUGCUACCAUGGUGGAGCUGGGAAAGGACAAACGGAAUCCUGACGAAUUUGCUGAGUCCCUGGACGAGCAGCUGGGGGACUUUGCCUUCCCCGACGAGUUUGUCUUCGACGUCUGGGGAGCGAUUGGCGACGCCAAGGUUGGGCGCUACUAGGACUCUGCGCCCUCUGCUGGACCCUGCAGGCAGGACUACUAGGCAGGCCACUGGUGGGCCUGGCACACCACUGUGCCCUCACUUCGAUGCUGGGCCACACCUGCCUCCUUUCCCUAGGGGCUGGAGAGGCCCUCAAGCAAUAAGUCACCUGCAUUAAUGACUGGAGUGUAAUGUGAAUGGGGGCCAGAAUCACUGCUGCUGACCACCUCUUUGUGCAUGAGGC